CUUGAACUUAUCAAGCCGAAGGAUGAUUGGAAGGAAUUCAUCGUUUCAUGGUAACUGAGAGCCAGAUAUCAAAGCUUCCCUUGAGACAUAUCAGUGACUUUCGUUGACGGUGUAUGAGUUUAUGUAUGGGGGAGUUGUGUGGGUUACCAGUGCUCCAAAGUGAAUUAUUAGCAUAACGAAGUUACAAAGUGAUCCGUUAUAGGGGAAAGCAGGUGGCACAGUGAGGGGAAAGUUCGCCGUUUGAGUUUCCCCACAGCAGCAAGGAGAAUAGGUGGUGUCAUCGUUUCGCGGAUGGUGCUAAUGUGAUAGUAAAGGAAAGGGAGUGUAAGGUCGAGGGGUGGCUCAAGGCGCGGUAUGGUGGUUGCCAACAAAUGCUGCCAUGCUCGAGCGAUGCCAGCCGGCGGCCUGGACGUGGCCCCCGCUGGACCAGAGAAUCCUGAGGAUGCGGUGCAACCUUGUCUUCUCUCUUGGCAAGAUCGGCUUUCUAUUGCUUGCCACCAUCAUAUCCAGCACCCAUACAACAAGAUACGCGUCCAGAAUCGUCGAGACCAAGAGUGGACAAAUUCGAGGAGUUCUACAAGAACUGAGCAGCCAAUAUUUAGAUCCAGUGGAGGUCUUUCGUGGAAUACCGUACGCUGCGCCACCUGCAGGAAGCUUACGCAUGAAACCACCAAUGCCACCUCUACCUUGGGCGGGAAUAAAACUUGCGGACACUUUUGGAGCCGUUUGUCCUCAAAAGUUGCCGGACAUCAGCAACAUGUCGAUAGCACUAACACACAUGCCAAAAAGUCGCUACACCCAAUUGCAACGUUUUUACACACUACUGACCAAUCAGAGCGAAGACUGUCUUUUCUUGAAUCUCUACAUUCCCGGAAGCGGAUCACGAGGAGUGGAUGCGCCCUAUGCAGUCAUAAUGUACGUUCACGGUGAAAGCUUUGAAUGGGGAUCCGGCAACUUUUAUGACGGAUCCGUACUUGCCAGUGCUGGUCACGUUAUUGUGAUCACUCUCAAUUACCGCCUUGGAAUAUUAGGUUUCUUGCGAACUGCCUCGUAUCCGGAUGUGGUCUCAAGUUCUGGAGGUAAUUUGGCUCUAAGGGACAUAGCAAUGGGACUUCGUUGGGUUCGGGAUAACAUUGCUGCCUUCGGUGGUGACCCCACGAGAAUCACGUUAAUAGGUCACGACACGGGAGCCGCUCUAGCAAAUUACCUACUACUUGCACCCUUUGGGAAAGGUCUUUUUCAUCGAAUCGUCUUACUCAGCGGAUCCGCCCUUAGUCCUUGGGCUUCAAUUCACAACCCUAACGAUUUGCAUAUUAAAAUUUCCCAGCAAUUGAAUUGUACCAGUGAAGAUGAUGAUAUCGCAGAUUGCAUUCGAGAUGCGAAUCUUACAACGUUGCUAAAUCUAGAACUUCCUGAAAUCAGGUUUGUGCCUCAAAUAGGUCCUAUUAUACCUAUUGAUCAAAGUAAUCCGGACCCUGGACUUGAUAUGGAACGUGCAAGCGAUGCAUUCAUUGAAGUUCCACUAAUGUUGGGAGUCUCAACAGCAGAGUCCUACUUGGAUUUUAACACCGAAGACAUUCAAUAUGGUUUCGAGGAAGAUCAGCGCAAUCGGAUUCUGCGCACUUUCAUCAGGAACACUUACUACUAUCAUCUCAAUGAGAUCUUUUCAUCGGUGAAAAACGAGUACACUGAUUGGGACAAGCCAAUCUUGCACCCCAUCAAUAUUAGAGACUCGACUAUGGAGGCAUUGAGCGAUGGACAUACAGUCGCACCACUGAUGAGGAUCGCAUUCUAUCAUGCAAGAAGAGGGGCCAAAACAUACUUUUUUCACUUUAAUUACCAGACAAAGGACAGUGAUUAUCCUCAACGGCUUGGAAGUGCCCGAGGCGAAGACAUACCGUACAUUUUUGGACUCCCUUUGGUUUCCGGCGGUCGAUUCUUUCCUCACAAUUACACCAAGCAAGAUCAAAGUGUUGGUGAAGCCAUGCUAACAUUCAUCACAAAUUUUGCCAAGACCUCGAAUCCCAACUUACCUCACAAUAUCGAAUCGGUCGACUACGGAAAUGCCAGAGAGAAAACACGAUUUCGAGGUCUUCUUUGGGAAGAAUACGAUACCAAUAACCAACAAUACUUAAUGAUCGCUCAAAAGCCAAAGAUGAAGAGCCAUUAUCGAGGUCACAAAAUGGCAUUAUGGCUGAAUCUAAUUCCGCAACUCCAUCAACCUGGAGAUGAAGAUGUAUCAAUGCGUCAUCAUCAUUUCCGCGAGAAAGGCGAUCAGUACUAUGCAGGUGCAGUACGAGACGAGUGGUACAUUCCACCACCCCUACCAGAAACAAGCAAAUCAGUAACUUAUCCAACAAUCCUCUGCUCCACUUCCUUGGAAGAUCUCGUAACCGAUGAUCCAUCAGACGUUCUUGACGACAAUGAGGAUGACGCCGAACUUCUCCAAAGACUCGCCUCCCGUCAUUACUACAGCACCACAACAGCCCUUGCAAUAACCGUAGGCGUUGGUUGCAUUCUCCUUGUCCUCAACAUGUUGAUUUUUGCCGGAAUUUAUUAUCAACGCGAUCGCGACAAAAAACGCGCAGCAAUGCAAUGCUGUCCAAAUAAUCAAGAAGCUGUUCCAAUGAGUUCACGCGGUGAAGCAAGUCAUCAUCAUGACGAUUCGAAAACGGGUCCAGAACCACCUCCCCUCUAUACGACACUAACUCGCAGUUCAUCAUCAGGACUCCCAAAGGAUCAACGUUCACCAAGUGAUUCAGAACGUCCCGGUUCAAAAGCUGGGCAAAAAGAUACAACACCACCGAAACCUCCUGCCAGGACAACGAGUUCCUUGAGUUCGACUAGCGGUACAAUUAAGAAACGCGUUCAAAUUCAGGAGAUAUCCGUAUAGCAUUAGGGGUUGCCCCCAGAGGGCAAUAACACUAGAUCGAAACACGUCACUUUCGUAGAUGAAGAGGCUGUAAUUGAGUCUCGAUUUUAAAUCCGAUGAUUGAAAGGCAAAAGAUUGGAAUGUUUCUCCAAAACCUCUAAACUUGUUGUUUCACAAUAUUGUGGCAAUUUUACGGAAGCGCUCAUGCGCAAACCCUAGCAAGUGUGCUUGCCUACCGCUCUGAGCAUCUCGAAGCAGCUCGGCAUGUGUGCAUAUAGGCACACCUGCACGUGUGCUUUGAAUGUUUUGAUUGUCAUCAUUUUUCAUAAAUUAAUAAAAACUAAGUGCCUUAUUUAAUU